CAGCACACUCAGUCCCCAGGUAAGGGCGGGGCCUACUCGCUGUGUGAGGUGUGUAACCUGCAGCUGACCUCUGACGCUCAGGCUCAGCUGCACUACAAUGGCCGGUCUCACCUCCGAAGACUGAGACAGCUCCAGGCUGGAGACAGAGGACAACAUGCAGCAGGGGUGCAGUCCAGGUCUCUUCCACAGGCCACAGGGCUCAGCUCCCAGCCUGCAGGACUACCUCCGACCCCGGGCCUCAGCGCUUCACCAAGCACAUCUGCAGGAAAUGGGUGUGGUGCAGUAGGUGGGGCGUUGCCAGGGCUGAUAGGUGCCACUGGUCCCUCAGUGAUGAUGAAACCGUUCCUGUCCUUUCCUGUCGAGACAACGUCACCAGUUGGACUUUUUCCAAACUUCAACACGAUGGACCCGGUGCAGAAGGCCGUCAUCAACCACACCUUUGGUGUUACCAUGGUGCCCAAGAAGAAACAGGUCAUCUCCUGUAACGUCUGUCAACUGAAGUUCAACUCUGACUCUCAGGCAGAGGCUCAUUACAGAGGCAGUCGUCAUGCCAAGAAGCUCAAGUCUCAGGAGAACAAGGCCAAGGCCAAGCUAGCAGGCAGUGAGCCCCCCCCCUCCAGUCCUCCAUCCGCUCUCCCAGCUCCAGGCCUCUCUACCUCUUCUUCCUCCUCCUCGUCUUCUUCCAAAGCUUCUCCUCCUCCCCGUCCUCCAGCUCCUGUCACCUCCUCUUCAUCCCCUGCUCCUCUUCCCCCUCCUCCUUCCCAGGCCUCCUCCCAGGAUGCUCCUCUCUCAGUGGAGUCCGAGGAGGAGAAGGCGAAGAAGCUGCUGUACUGCUCUCUUUGCAAAGUUGCUGUCAACUCUCUGUCUCAGCUGGAGGCUCAUAAUGCAGGUUCGAAGCACAAGACGAUGCUGGAGGCUCGGAGCGGCGCCGGGCCGAUCAAGGCCUACCCUCGACCCGGAGCCAAGCUGAAGAACGGCAGCAGCUCGGGACUGAAGGGUUCCGGCCUGCAGAACAAAACCUUCCACUGUCAGAUUUGUGACGUGCACGUCAACUCUGAGAUCCAACUCAAACAGCACAUCUCCAGCAGAAGGCACAAGGACAGAGUGGCAGGAAAACCCAGCAAACCCAAAUACAGUCCUUAUAACAAACAGCAGAGAAACUCUCUCACUGUAAGUGUCUCUCUACCAUUUCAGAAGGAGUUGGUGAAGCCCUCCCUCUCUCCCUCCUUCCUCUCCAGUCCCUUCGCCACAUCCUCACCCCUCACCUCUGCCAUCUCUCUCCCCCAUCGCCCUCCGGCCUCCUCGUCCCUCUUCACUGCCCCCUUCCUGCGUCCGGCUCCUGGACCAAUCAGAGCAAGCCAAGGAUCGAUUCUUUUCUCGCCCUACUGAUGACAGAGCGACGGUGGGGAGUCGAACCGGCAACCUUUGACCUCGGACCUCCAGUUUGUUUGGAGCUACAGGGGCAAAAGAGUCCAGAAGAGACAUCAGCUCUGCCAUCAUGGCUGCAGGGAUUCAAACGCGCAACCUUCUCAUCUGACUGAGGCUUCACAAAGACACUUGAGAGGACAGAACGUCCUCCUUCUGCCUGGAUCAGAUGUUUUUCUCUUGGGUCUGAAACAACCUGAAGCAACCUGUGACGAUUUUAUCCGAACUAGAAAUGGACGUGUUGCUUUAAAUAAACCACAGAGCUAAACCCAAGCAGAACCAGAGGCUGAGAGCUUCCAUACGUACGGGAAAAUCAGGAACUUUAUUUAUGCAGUCAUUGAAAAAUCCUUACAGAAUUUCACAAAUUUCCUAGAAAAUAAUAAGUGGUCCUGGAAAUUUCUUUUAAAAAAUGUCUGAAAGAAAUGCAGCUCAUUUGUUGUCUGAAGUUGUCAUCGUGAUAUGCCAGAAUCAGGAGGAUGUCCGGCUCAAGGAAAAUUAACUGAAACAGUCAACUUGUGCAUGGAAAACAUAGGGAAUAUUUACACGUUUUUUUUUUAACCUUAUUUUUUUAAACUUAUUACCGAAACAAACCCCAAAGUACCUCAUCAUUUAUGACUGUUUCACACUGUUUGGUGGCAGCCGGAAUCUGCUGUUUUUUCUUUUAACAUAUUUUCUUUUGACUGAGAUGACAAGAAUCAGAACCAGGCUUUGGGAGGAACCAGAAUUGCGAAGCAGAAUCUAAAAAAUCUCAACGAUACCCAAACCUGCACCUAAAACACUCAUGGUGAAGAGGCACUGGUGUCAAAAAUUCGCCGCAUUUUGAUUUUCAGGCUAAAGAUGCAGCUUGAGUGGAGCCCAGACACAAAGGUGGACAAGAAAGUCUGGACCCAGAAUUCAGUUCAGGUCAGGUUUGGUCGGAUCCUCAGAGAUUCAGGGGGGUUGAUUCUGUCAGAACAAAUCUCCACUGAGCACAGAAUUCAAUUUGAUUCACUUCAGUUCACUUCAAUUCAAUUCAAUUCUUCCUCCUGCUGCAGGGGCGAACCAGCACAAACCAGAAGUCCGAAAACUCAGCAGAAGUCUUCCACCGUGAAAUACUACUGCUAUGCUUACUGCAGCUGUCUUCAUGUUGCACUAGAAUGUGCUAUCACAGACGUUCUCCCUCAGACGUGCCUGCACUCAUGUUCCUAACAUACGGCAUUUCGAGCAAACAAACUGCUAAGUGGAGGCAGAGAAAUUUACAGAUAAGGCUUAUUCUAUAUUGUUAUGACUGACAAAAAAGACCAAAACCGACAACGUGUCAGUUCGUUUGAUAACAUUUCCUGACUUCCCUGCCUUGUCUGUGGCACUAUUGGUUCCUACCCAAAAGAUCUAAAACUCUAAAAUGGGGUCACAAAUAUGUAGUUUCACCUUUUAAAAAGGCUCAGUAAUUUCAUAAAGCAGCUGAACACCGUAGGUUUUAGCAAACGUUACGCAAACAGGAUGAAAUAGUGCAUUUGUUGGGGAACUAUUAUCAGUUUGACUUCCAGGUAAAGUGGUUUAGAUAGUCUGGAUUAACUGUUAGUUUCUUUUCAACCUGUCUGAUCUUUGGGUCACUUGACCAGUCCGACUUCUUAAAUGAUGUCACCGUUUUCACAGAUCUCAGCUGUUAACUCAGUGAGUACUAUGUCAUUAUUAGGCUACCGAUACAAAUGAUGGACAAAAUAAGACCUAUGUUACAGGGCCAUG